AGUUGCCACGGGAAACCAGUAAUAAAACUUCCGGAAAAUUCAUCUAUCAUCAAUUUCACUUGUUGUCAUGAAACGCUUUGCACGUAAAUAACUUCAAAUGGUGAGCGGUAAAGAGUUUCGCAACACUUUAAAAAAACCUCUGCCAAAUGCUAAGGAAACUGAUAAAUCUUGUAGGGUAGUUCCAGCGUUUACAAUUCAAGCGUUCCAAAAAGGGACUUGUGUAAAUCCUCCUCCGAAAUGCAACGCUUUUAAAGAAGUUGAACCCAAGGGGGGCAAGAAGUUCCGAAUGAACUACAAGAGAGGAAACUUACCGAUUGCUCUAGAAGCAAAAGGGGGGAAAGUUUCAUGGAAGGCAGAUGUUAAUAAAUUAGACUUCCACUACUACUUGCCGAUGUUUUUCGAAGGACUUUGCGAAACUGAAAAUCCAUACAAAUUAUUUGCACAACAGGGAAUUCAUGAUAUGCUUACUCACGGAGGGCAGAAGAUUUUCCCUUGCAUUCCUCAGUUGAUUAUCCCCAUAAAAGACGCUCUCAAAACGAAAAACAAAGAAGUCAUGUGCUCCACCCUCAAGGUGCUUCAGCAUUUAGUGAGAGCCGGAGACAUGAUUGGCGAGGCUCUUGUUCCAUAUUACCGACAAAUUUUACCCACAUUGAAUUUGUUUAAAGAAAAAAACGUUAAUUGCGGUGACGAAAUAGAUUACAGCCAGAUGAGAGGGGAUAAUUUAGCAGACAUCAUAAACGAUACCUUAGAAAUAUUGGAGCGAUAUGGAGGAGAAGACGCUUUUAUCAACAUCAAAUACCUAAUCCCUACCUAUGAAUCAUGUAUGCUGAACUAAAAAGAAAAUAGAUUAUUACUGAUUA